AUGCGAAAUGCAGUCGAGGGUCAGAGCAUUCUGAUAUCGGCACUACUGCGAGAUGUAGUCAAGGGUCAGAUCAUUCUGAUGACGGCAUUACUGCGAGAUGUAGUCGAGGGUCAGAGCAUUCUGAUGGCGGCACUACUGCGAGAUGUAGUCGAGGGUCAGAGCAUUCUGAUGAUAGCACUACUGCGAGAUGUAGUCGAGGGUCAGAGCAUUCUGAUGGCGGCACUACUGCGAGAUGUAGUCGAGGGUCAGAGCAUUCUGAUGGCAGCACUACUGCGAGAUGUAGUCGAGGGUCAGAGCAUUCUGAUGACGGCACUACUGCGAGAUGUAGUCGAGGGUCAGAGCAUUCUGAUGACGGCUCUACCGCGAGAUUUAGUCGAGGGUCAGAGCAUUCUGAUGACGGCACUACUGCGAGAUGUAGUCGAGGGUCAGAGCAUUCUGAUGACAGCACUACUGCGAGAUGUAGUCGAGGGUCAGAGCAUUAUGAUGGCGGCACUACUGCGAGAUGUAGUCGAGGGUCAGACCAUUCUGAUGACGGCACUACUGCAAGAUGUACUCGAGGGUUAG